GUUUCUUAUUAUUCUCUUGGGUGCAUAUAACGCUGAAACCAAAACUCCUCUUUCCUACACUCUCUCUCUGAUUCCUCUGGAAAUCCGGAUUUUUACUCAUUCGGACAUGGAUCUUAUCAAGGCCGAUCUAAACGCCCCUCACUCCAUGGGCACGACCAUUAUCGGCGUCACUUACAACGGAGGUGUUGUUCUCGGAGCCGACUCUCGGACCAGCACUGGAGUAUAUGUUGCUAAUCGCGCGUCUGACAAGAUUACGCAGCUAACAGAUAAUGUCUAUGUUUGUCGCUCGGGAUCGGCUGCAGAUUCACAGAUUGUUUCUGACUAUGUGCGCUACUUUCUUCAUCAACACACGAUACAGUUAGGGCAGCCUGCAACUGUUAAGGUUGCUGCAAACCUUGUCCGGCUUAUAGCCUAUAGUAACAAGAACAUGUUACAAACUGGCCUAAUUGUUGGUGGGUGGGACAAGUAUGAAGGUGGUAAGAUUUACGGAAUUCCUCUUGGUGGAACAAUAAUCGAGCAGCCAUUUGCAAUUGGAGGAUCUGGCUCUAGUUACUUGUAUGGGUUUUUCGAUCAGGCAUGGAAGGAAGGAAUGACCAAGGACGAAGCUGAGCAAUUAGUGGUGAAGGCGGUUUCCCUUGCUAUUGCUCGAGAUGGCGCAAGUGGUGGUGUUGUUCGAACUGUCAUUAUAAAUUCUGAGGGAGUGACGAGAAAUUUCUACCCAGGCGACAAACUUCCAUUGUGGCAUGAGGAAUUGGAGCCUCAGAAUUCACUGCUGGACAUCCUCAACUCUACCAUUCCCGAGCCAAUGCACAUAUGAUGCAGUCGACCUCAAUGUUCAUAGGUUUCCAUCUAUAUUGUAUCUCUCUUUUUGCUAUUGCGAAUGGGAAGGCAUUUCUAUCUUUAACUUUUAUUUUUUUCUCUUUGGAAAAUUAUCAAUUGAUCUUAGCAUAUCUAGGUGGCUGGAUAACACACACACACACACACACACACACACAUAUUCCUGAUUCAAUCUAGAUGGGUUUAGUUUGUUUUGCUAUUA